AUGUCGAGGAAGAUCGCUGUGAGAACAUCAGCCGAACACAUCUUGAAAAGAAUGCAGAACAUUACGGAAGGCGGGGAGCACCUAGGUCCCAUCAAAUCUCGUCUGCUGAAGACAAAAAGAGAUGAUGUUGAUAGACAGGAAAAAAAAUCAAAUCACUCUCCGAUACUCCUAACACCUAGUCAAGAUGAAAUAAAUCUCACUCAAAUUAUAAAUCGUUGCGAUGAAUCAACUGUGGAACGAUUUAGCGUGGAGCAUUGGAGGUUGUUGAAGGAGGAGUUGGACAACAUGAACUGCAAGCAAAUAAGAUACGAGAGGCUCUUCAACCAAAUUAUUUGGGAAGAAGAAAAUAAGCUGCAGUUCGACUAUCCUGGAGGUGGAGAGGGGUACAGGGCUCGUUGUCGAUUACUUUCCAAAUUUGAACUUUGCCUCAGAGAAUUCAACCAGUGGGCCGCAGAUGCUUACCCUAAGGUCCAUAUCCGCAACGAGUGGCCGCGAGCGAUUCUUGACGCUAUCAGUUAUCAAAAUAUAGAUUCUCUAUGGAGAAAGUAG